AUGGGAUUCAACAACACUGUGACGGUCGUGGGAAAUGUCACCCGCGACCCCGAGCUGCGGUUCGCGCAGUCCGGAACGGCCAUCGCCCAGUUCGGCGUGGCUUGGAAUCGCAGGCGCCAGGACCAGGAGGACGAAGUGUCGUUCUUCGACGUGACCUGCUUCGGCCAGUUUGCCGAGAACGUCGCCGAGUCGGUGAAGAAGGGCGCCCGGGUGGUCGUGUACGGCACGCUCCAGCAGAGGAGCUGGGAGACCGACCAUGGAGACCGUCGCUCGAAGGUGGAGAUUCUCGCCGACGAUGUGGCUCCCAGCCUGCGGUGGGCUACGGUCGAGGUGACCAGGAACGAGUACCGGGGCGGCGGCGACAACCGGAGCGAGGGCGACCGUGGCGGCCACCGUGGUGACGGCGGGGCCCGUAGCUCGGGCGGAGCCCGGCCGGCGGGCCUGAGGCACUCGAGUCUCGACAUGGCACCCAGGCCGAGGGCCGCAGCCCAGCGACCUCCGCGCAAGACCCGCGACAACAGCCGCCGAACAAAGAAGAAGGUGAGCUUCCUCAGCACUGAGGGCAUCACCUACGUCGACUGGAAGAACGAGAAGCUGCUGAGGAAGUUCAUCUCCGAUCGGGCCAAGAUCAGGGCUCGGCGCGUCACCGGCAACAACGCUCAGCAGCAGAAGCUCGUCGCCGAUGCCAUCAAGCUGGCCCGGGAGAUGGCCCUGGUGCCUUCUCGAACCGGGUGA